AUGCCUCGCACAAGGGCAGGUUUACCAGUGCCUAGCCCUCCAACGCCUAGAGGGCCUAUUCCUACUGCGCCUAGGCCUCCUACUCCACCUCCAAGCGACCAGCCAAGACGCAAGAACUGCGAAUUAGAUGUGAAUCUACGCACUCAGAUCACUACAUUAAAAGAUGUUGCAAAGUGGUCUUAUCGUCAGAUCCACGCAAAAUAUCCAGAUAUACCGCUCUCAACUAUCAAAAUGACUUGUUUAAGGUCUCGAAUUCGCCAUAAGGAAGAGUCCUGUAAACGAUCUGAGCGCCCAAAGAUCUUAAACGAAGAUGACCGUCAAAAGAUCCUCCAGAAGGUCCACGAAAAUCCUCGAGCUUCAUACGAUGAUCUACUCUCUGAGGUUAAUCAUAAGUGCAAGAAAGAUUCAAUUGCACGUCUACUCUCUAUUGAAGGUCUCCUGAAGUGGCGAGUGAUGAAAAGGCCAUAUCUAAAACCUGAGCAUGCGGCUGCACGACUCUCCUGGGCUUUACGGUAUCAACACUAUACUGAGGAAGAUUAUGACAGAGUAUUCUGGUCUGACGAGUGUACAGUUGAACGUGGCUUCGGCCUCCGGCCUGCGUAUCCCCUCGUCCGGCAUGGGCAGUCCAUUUAG